UCUGGCAUGUCUUGCAUGGUCACUCAAGAUACUUUGAGUUUAGUAUAUAGAACAGUUUAAAGACAGGACAACUAAAUUAAUUGGGUUUUUUUUUUGGUGGAGAACAUUCAUACCAUUACAUUUUCCUGCAUCCUCAUGGAUAGCGGUAAUAUCUUUCUGGUAAUGGAGCCGAUGGAACUGUUUUCUUUUAUGCCAGACGUGAACCCUGCCAGUAGUGUCUUAGAUUUGUGAAUGCCUCCUUUAGGUACUGGAAGGUCACUAUAAGGUCUCCUUGGAGCCUUCUGUUCUCCAGGCUGAACAAGCCCAACUCACUCAGCCUGGGAGGUGCUCCAGCCCUCCGAUCAUCUUUGUAGCCCUCCUCUGGACCUGUUCCAACAACUCCAUAUCCUUCAUAUGUUGAAGAUUCCAGAACUGGAGACAGUACUCCAGGAUGAAUACUUAAACCCCAAUCUUCAGUUGUGCUUCAAAAUGUCCCUGUGUGCAUCUUCUCACAAGGACUUUUCUCAGUUGCUGCCACUUCAAGAUAUUGGCUGCAAUAAAACAGAAAUUAAAAGCUCACCCGCUGGUAUCAUCUCUCCAGUUCCCAACAGCUGUAAUCAGCCCACGUUGACAGCGGAACACAGUCCAGUCUAUCUCCCUUCGUCUUACAUGGAAAACAGACAUGAAUAUUCUGCAAUGGCAUUCUACAGUCCCGCUGUGAUGAAUUACAAUAUUGCCAGCAAUUUUGGUGAUUCAGAGAUUGCAUCUGUGAGGCAAACAUCAAGCCCCAGUGUUUUAUGGUCUGCUCCUGGCCAUCUCUCCCCUCUGACACUUCAUUGUCAGUCGUCACUUCUGUAUGCAGAGCAGCCAAAGAGUCCAUGGUGUGAAGCAAGACCGAUGGAGCCAGUGCUACCUGUGACCAGAGAGACGUUAAAAAGAAAAACUAACGGCAGUGACUGUACAAGCCCAAUUGCAAAUAAUCCUGGCUCAAAAAGGGAUGCCCACUUCUGUGCAGUCUGCAGUGACUAUGCUUCAGGAUACCACUAUGGGGUCUGGUCAUGUGAAGGCUGCAAGGCGUUCUUUAAAAGAAGUAUUCAAGGACACAAUGAUUACAUCUGCCCAGCUACCAAUCAAUGCACGAUAGACAAAAACAGGCGCAAAAGCUGCCAGGCGUGCCGGCUACGGAAAUGUUAUGAAGUGGGAAUGAUGAAAUGUGGCUCCAGAAGAGAACGUUGUGGAUAUCGGAUUCUGCGUCGCCAUCGUAAUUCAGAAGAUCAGGUGCAUUGCAUUAGCAAAGCUAAGAAAUACAGUGAGACAGCAACUCGCGUAAAAGAGAUCCUGCUCAGCACAGUCAGUCCAGAGCAGUUUGUUUUAACCCUACUGGAAGCGGAGCCUCCAAAUGUGUUGGUCAGUCGUCCCAGCAAACCAUUCACGGAGGCUUCCAUGAUGAUGUCCCUGACAAAACUGGCAGACAAAGAGCUGGUUCACAUGAUUGGUUGGGCCAAAAAAAUUCCUGGCUUCAUUGAUCUCAGCCUCUACGACCAAGUGAGACUCUUAGAGAGCUGCUGGAUGGAAGUUUUAAUGGUUGGUUUGAUGUGGAGAUCAAUCGACCAUCCUGGGAAACUAAUUUUUGCACCAGACCUUGUACUAGACAGGGAUGAGGGGAAAUGCGUAGAGGGAAUUUUGGAGAUCUUUGAUAUGCUCCUGGCCAUGACCUCAAGGUUCCGAGAGCUGAAACUGCAGCACAAGGAGUAUUUGUGUGUCAAGGCGAUGAUCCUCCUCAAUUCCAGCAUGUUUCCCUUGUCAGCAGAAGAACCUGAAAGCAACAGGAAAUUGCAUCACCUGCUUAAUGUAGUCACAGAUGCACUGGUGUGGGUUAUUGCAAAAAGCGGAAUCCCCUCACAGCAGCAGACAACUCGUCUGGCCAAUUUGUUGAUGCUCCUUUCUCACGUCAGACACGCAAGCAACAAAGGAAUGGAGCAUCUCCUGAGCAUGAAGUGUAAAAAUGUGGUCCCAGUGUAUGAUUUGCUGCUGGAGAUGUUGAAUGCACACACUCUCCGAGGGCAAAGGAAGUCCCCAGUCACACAUCCCGAAUUUGGCUCGUUAGAACAAAUGGAGAUUGGAGACAGUCUGCGAAAUGGGGCAGCCCAGUAAUUCUGCUGAAACACAGAAAUGUGAAGCUUCAUAAAGCUAUGGGAGACAACAAAAGUACUGUGAUGGGACUGCUGGAGCGGAACCAAGUGUGAGUCCUCAUCUCUUCUAGAUUUGCACGUGGCUAUCUUGGGAAAGGCCUGUGGGACACACACCUCUGGUUUUCUGACAUUACAAUACCUGCACUUUUACAGUGCCUUUUCUGAGACUCUUCAAAAGCACCUUAAGAAAUUAAGCCUCCGAAUAGUACUAUGAGAGAGGGAAUUACUGCCUCUCCUGAGACAGAGAUAAAUUAAUUACUGAGACAGAGGGAUAAGAGUCCUGGUUUAAGAUGACAAAAGUCUGUGUCAGGGCCAGGAGUGAGCACCUAGCUCUGCAUCUCCCAGACCAAGGCUUUUAAGCACUGAGUAGACAAUCUCUUCUUUCAGCAUGAGAAUGUAUGAAAUGUAGAGCAGCAUCAUUUGGGACAGAUUCACUUACCUGUGUCCGCUGGUCCCUGGGGAAUACCUGCUUUGCAGCUGAUCUAGAUAAAGUGCCGAGAUAUGUACAGUGUAAAGAGUUUCUUCUAUUCUUAAAUAUGCAAUGGCUGCAAGGGCCUUCAUUUGAAGGUCAUUCAGAAUAGCUUCUAGGCUGGUUCAGAGCCUCUUCAGAAAUGUUAAACCAAGCUGGAGAUUAUAUUGUGUGAGCCUGUUCUUAACUUUCGUGUUAUUAUCCAUGUAUAAUUCUUCAGUGCUUUAAACAAUGACCAAAUUGCCUGGAUAUUUCAGUUAAUGCUGAUCUUCUAAAUGUGUUUUUGUCUGUGAAAUUAACAUGUUGUUUUAUAUAUUUAUUAAUGAUGUUAAAUCUAUUACAAUAUUUAGGUACAAGAGGUUGCUCUUAAUAUUAACUGUUUGCAGUUGUAUAUGAUCUGUUAAUCGGGGCUUGUGAAAGCAGCUGGAAACAAAACAUCUUCCCUCUCGUUUUGACUCCCGUGUGGAAUCCUGUCCACCUGAAACCUCUUGCAGGUGAUGAGGCAGUGGAUGGGAGCUGCUUGCUGCCUGCAGGAUUGCUGCUUGCUUGUUUUCAAAGUGCAUGGCACCUUAUGCAGUUGUUUUUAUAUCUUGUAUGGGGUCCCUCCAAGAGCAGGGGAGGGCAGGGGGUGAUGAUGAUGAUGAUGAUGAUGAUGAUGAUGGUGAUGUUUCUGGCUAUUAUUUUGCCUUGCAAGUGUGAUGACUUGUUUGAAUUUCACCAAAGAUGUGGAUUUAAACUUCCCUGUCGUGCUGGUUCCUGGGGGCGUUUAAAACAAGCAGAGGAACUAGCCUGGCCGAUGACUUCAGUGAAGAGCAGGAUGGCAUCAUUUGUUCUGGCAACUGCCCUUAUCUCAUGUUGCUGUGAGCUAAAAUUGCAGUCACUCUAAAUGGAUGUAUUUAAAUGUAAUGCAUGUAUAUUCUGGGCAUUUCGGGUAUGGUGGAAUUUAAUUGGGAUUACACCAGAAGUCUGUUUUGAGGCACAAAAUGUUCUGGAUUAGGGACUUGAAUCAUGAUGUCAUUUACGUACUUUCAGUAUUAGUCAAGCCUUCGAUCUUGGUGGUUUUUCAAAGCCAAGGAGAAUAUUUUUUAUAGGAGAUGCAUAAAGAGUUUUCAGUGAGUUAAACAAAUCUAUUGUCUUGUUUUACCAGAUGCUGCUGAUUGUCCAUAUUUUUACUAGCUACCUUUUUAUUGUCUUUAAGAAACUGUAAUAUAUAGUAGUGCCCUUCUAAAUAAGUGAAUAUUUACUGCAAGAAAAGGGAAAACAUAUGAGUGCAGUCUGGAAUUCAUUGGUACUUUCAUUUGGAAGAAACUUUUCUGUGAAACAGAUGUGUUUCAGUGCUUCUUGAGCUUGAACACCUUUUGGCCUCAAUGCCUGUUGUAUUAUUCUUCUGAUUUUCCUUAUCCUGUGCAAUUGUUUUGUUUAAUACAGUUUUUUCAAAGAAAUGUGUAAGUGAUAUUUUGUUUUGGUUGGUUGGUUUGCUUUAGAAGUGGCAAACUUAUAAGCAAGUUUGAAACAAACGUCUUAAAAGGAAAAUGGGAAAGAGCAUGUAAAAAUCGUAAAAUUAACUUCUCCUUGGAAAUAUGCUCCUGACUGACUUUGUAAAAGAACAAUGCCGCAGACCUGUGCUACAUUUUGUGAUCUAUAUGUGCUGUUACUAGCACAGUGCAACCAGGAAAAUGAUGUGAUUUUUGCAGAUACUUUUUGUCGCAGGUAAUAAUUUGUUGAAUAUCAUUUUAUUAAAAAUUACUACUGAUGUUUUAAAAUGGGCAAAAGCCAAUAGCUAUCGGCUCUCUGGAUUAAUGUAGCUGUAUUCCUCUUUGGAUAAGGGGAGGGCGCACAUCUCUAAAACAGCUGAGUUUAUUAAACAGGGAGGUAUGAGACAAAAUGACUAAAAAAGGGUGUCUUCAUCUCUUGAACGAAAUUUUGGGCUUAUCAUGGGUUUGUAUCCCACAGACUCUCUCUGAUGCUGCAUUCCUGGUGUGAAGCAAGUCCAUGUAGCCGUGAAGAGAGUUACUUGGGUCUGUUGGUGAAUAAGAAUCUCGACAUGAGCUGACAGUGUGUGCUUGCAUCUCAGAAAGCCGAUCGUAUCCCAGGCUGCAUCAAAAGAAGUGUGAGCAGCAGGUCAGGGGAGGCGAUUCUGCUCCUCUUCUCUGCUCCCUUGAGACCCUGUGUGGAGUCCUGUGUUCAUUCUGGAGUCCUCAACACAGUAAGAACAUGGAUCUGUUAAAGCGAGUCCAGAAGAGGCCAUGAAGAUGAUCCAAGGGCUGAAGCACCUCCCAUGAGAAGACAGACUGAGAGGUUUGGGGCUGUUCAGCCUGGAGAAGAGAAUGCUGCAGGGAGACCUUGGAGCAGUACUGAAAGGGAGCCAACGGGAAAGCUGGGGAGGGGAUCUUUAUCAGGGAGAGCAGUGGCAGGACCAGAGGCAACAAUUUAAGGUUGAAAGAGGGAAGAUUUAGAGUAGAUAUUAGAAAGAAGUUUUUCUUCCUGUGAGGGUGAUGAGGCUCUGGCACAGGUUGCCCUGAGAAGUUGUGGCUGCCCCAUCCCUGGAGGAGUUCAAGGCCAGGUUGGAUGAGGCUUUGAGCGACCUGAUCCAGUGGGAUGUCCCUACCUGUGCCAGGGGGGUUGGAACUGGAUGGUCUUUAUGGUCCCUUCCAACUCAAACCAUUCUAUGAUUCUAUGUUCCUGCCAGGCUUGAGCAGAGCUGCCGCGCUGCUUUUCAGUUUAGAACUUGGGGGGCUUUUCCAGUUUGAGCAUGAAUGAAUGAAUGAAUGCUGAGGAGCUGUGAGGAGGGGAGGAGAGCAUGGCUGGUUCAUGGCUUUCCUUCACUGCCCUGCUGUACCUCAGCUUCUGCUGCUGAGCUGGGACUUGACCAGAGGUGGCUGUUUCUCCUGGACGAAAUUAUGCUGCAGUCUGGAAUAUUCACAGAGGGAUCAUUGUGAUGAAAGGAGGACAUCCUUUUAAAUGCUGGAACUUCUUUUCCUCGUGAUGACUUGUGAAGUAUUGAAGACAGUUGCUGUAUUUGCAUCAUUACAGUGGUUUAACAGAGCCUAAAAAUGAAGAAAGCCCCAAGAAAGCUGCCGAUUAGUUCUAUUCAAGCUGCCACCAGGGAUCAGCCCUCUUCUGAGCUGAGCUCCGCCUGGUUUCACGAGUGCAUGAUCAUGAUGUCUGCAAGUAAGCGUCUCAUCCUUACCACCACAGUCACUCCACAACACGUAGGUUGAUUUCCUUUGCCAGGUACUUGAGUUCUUGGGAUGUUUCCAAGCACCUGGUGACUACACAAGUUGCAGGUUGUGACCUAGUGUUUCAGAGACCAACAAAUUUAACUGGAGCAGGGGAGGAAGUCGUAGGAACAGCACAGUUCUCUUCCCCAUGCUAGCAGAAUUGUUGCCGACUCUGGGGGUGUGGUGACCAGAUUAACAGAUUGAGGCCCCCCUCUCCUCACCAAAUAGGACUUCACCUCAAAUUAGUUCUAGCCUGGUUUCCCUCCUACAUACAAUGCACGUGCAAAACCAUGCGCACGUCUGCAUGCUCUCGCUAUUGCUCUUGCCUACCUGCUUUAAUCCUAUUUUUGUCCCCAUCACUGAACAUGAACAACCCAGUCUUGAGCGAGAAGACACCACUAAGAAAUCGGUGGUUAUACAAGACUUGUUUGAAGCAGGCUUCAGUGUCAGCCUACAGCGCAAUGGUCAUAAUCACCUUGAAGUAAAACUAUUUAAAAUAGAUUUUGGGAAAAAAGGAUGUAAGUUACUU